AUGGAUUUCCUUCAUAGGAGUGGAGUACUCAUUAUUUAACUGAGAGACUACAGGGCUUACUACAAUUUUCUGCAUUGUAUGUCCAAUGUUGGAGACCCCCCGAAUACCUUUUCUAUUCACUUUCCACUUUGGUUUCCACUGAAUCAGGCUGUUGGAACCAAGAUGAUAUGGGUAGCAGUCAUAGGGGACUGGUUCAAUCUUAUAUUCAAAUGGAUAUUAUUUGGGUAUCGUCUUUACUGGUGGAUCCAAGAAAGCCAGAUUUACCCAAAUCACUCAAGCUCAUGUCUUUACCAGUUUCCUACUACAUGUGAGACAGGUCCAGGAAGUCCAUCUGGUCACACAAUGGGCUCAUCGUGUGUCUGGUAUGUCAUGGUAACAGCUGUCCUAAGCAACACUGAGAUGGACAAGUCCUCUGUCACUCUGCAGAGACUGACCUGGUCCUUCCUUUGGAGUGCUUCCUGGUUGAUUCAAGUCGGAGUCUGUGUCUCCAGAGUGUUCAUAGCAACACGUUUCCCCCAUCAGGUCCUUCUCGGAGUCAUGGGUGGGAUGCUAAUAGCAAAGGCCUUUGGACACACUCCAGGAAUCCACAUGGCCAGCUUGAAUGUGUACCUGAAGACCAACAUCUUCCUCUUCCUGUUUGCACUUGGCUUUUACCUGCUUCCCAGACUGCUCGACAUGGACCUGCUGUGGUCUCUGCCUAUAGUCAAAAAGUGGUGAGCCAACCCAGACUGGAUCCACAUUGACAGCACGCCAUUUGCGGGACUUGUGAGAAACCUCGGGGUCCUCUUUGGCUUGGGUUUCGCCAUCAACUCAGAAGUGUUUCUUACGAGCUGCCGGGGAGAAAAUGGCUGCAAGCUGAGCUUCCGGUUGCUCGGUGCCAAGACCUCACUGAUCACACUGAAGCUUUAUUGCUUCACCCAGAUCCCGAUUCACAGGGAGCCCUGGUUUUACCUGUUGUCUUUCUGUAAAAGCGCGUCCAUCCCACUGGCCGUGGUGGCUCUAAUUCCCUACUGUAUCCGUAUGCUAACGAGACCCAGUGAGAAGAAGAGUCUAUGGUUGCCGUGGGUGAGGCAAAUAGCCAAGGCUGGUGAACCAUCUGGGGGAUAUGCAGGUAUCAGGCUUGGUACUUUUUGCUCUGCUGUCAUAGUGUACCAUGCCCUUGUCUCAGUCAUCACAGUCAUCACAGUGUGGCUGCUCGCGUCUAGACAAGAACGGAAACAGCUGUUUUCCCCGUCCAGGCUUUGUUUAGGAAGGAAAAGUCCACACAGAGUCCAGUGCCUGUGUCUCAUAAGCCUGGCAGGAUCACCUGACCUUCUCUAG